CACGAUUGUUUAUUCGUUUUCAGCAAAAACCGGUUGAGUCAGAUGAUCAUCACAGGGUGGCAGGGGUGACUACUGCAUAAUCCACUGUUUAGUUUUGUGUGAAUAUUCGUUCGUUGCAUAUUAUGUAAUUGUAUUUGUUUACUGAAGUUGAACUUAUCGAGUACAUUUUUUCAUUUAUUUACCUACUGUUGUCAUGACCGGUGUACAAUGAAGAGCGUCAGUGUUUUAUUGGUCGUGUGUCAAUUUUUUUUAACUAAUGGAGAAGCAGAACACGAUAACUACGAGAAAACAUUGCAUGGAUGCUCCAAUCGUCAACAAGGACGAGAACAUGCAGUAAUUAUUGACAGAGAUGAACCCUCGCACCCCCAUGGUACAGAAGCUUCAACGGACGACAUCACCUUAGAUCUGAAGAUUAACCACUUGGAAGACACCCACAAUCAGCUGGUAGUACACUGGGUGGGCAAUGGAAGCAAAGUCAUCGUUUGUCUAGCACGUGACCCAGACCCUACAGCUCUUUAUAUUUCAUACGACGAUGGCAACUCCUACCAAAACAAAACAAAUCUUUUCAAAGUAUCAAAUCAGACUUAUGCUAUUUUGGAGAAGUUCUACAAACACCCGACGUACGACACUCACCUGGUGUUUACAGAUAUUAAAAACAAUUUAUUCUUCGUUACGACAAACCACGGCCAAGACAUUAAAAAAAUCACGUUGGAUUUUAGUCCCAUCCAAGUUUCGUUCCACGAAAUUGAACCCUCAGUGUUCAUUGUUUUGGAUCAACUACACAGAUUGUGGGUGACCGAAGAUUUUGGAAAUACUUUCAGACAAAUGCAGGACUCGGUCAGGAGUUUUCACUGGGUGAAGGAAAACGAUUCCCUUCAUAGUCUGGUCGUGCAAAGGAUGGAAACUGAUGGUUAUCACACCAUCUUCUAUUCGAACGACUUAUUUUUAAAUGGUUCGGGCAUAGUUCGGGCUACAAAUAUCUCAGAUUUUUGUGUCAGAGACGACUACCUUUUCACCACGAAAGUGUCUCCUACAGGGGUUCUAGAACUGUAUGUUUCUUACAAGCUGGGGAAGGAAAAAAGGAGUCUGUUUCAGACUAAAGUGGAUAUUAGGAGUUACUUUAUUGUAGACGUCACGAGUAACAGAGCGCUUGUGGUGGUUAGCGAUUCGGAUAUCGUUUCACAUUUAUAUGUUUCUGAUUAUUUAGACGACGGAAAUGAGGUGGCCACGUUUACAUUGUCUCUGGAGAAUGUGUUGUGCUAUUUUCUGAACAGCACGUGGAACUACACUUGGAUACAUCGCGUCCCUGAAAACGCUUUUGCCGACAUCUACAAAGUCGAAGGUCUCUCUGGAAUCUACAUAGCUUCUCGAGUCGUACCCAACAAUGAAAAUAACAACGUCAGUCUGUCGAAUCUGCGUUCGUACAUUACUUUCGACCAUGGUCAAACGUGGCGUUUGAUCCAGGCUCCAGAACGAGACGUCGACGGUCACCCGAUUUCAUGCUCAGUUCACAACUGUUCAUUACACUUAAACCUGGAGUUCAACCAACGGUACUCUAGCAAUCGAUCUACCAGUAUCUUAUCGAGUAAGUCCGCUCCGGGUAUAAUUAUAGCGACCGGCGUUCUGGGGAAGUCCCUGGAUGGACACCGUGGAAUCUAUGUUAGUACCGAUGCCGGCUUGACAUGGAGACAAGCACUCAAUGAUUCGUACUUGUUCAGUAUGGGCGACCAUGGUGGUAUUUUGACAGCUAUCGAAUAUUCGAAAUCGAACAGGGAGACGAGACACAUUUUGUAUUCGACGGAUGAAGGGGAAAAGUGGCUGCAGGCAAAAUUUCAUCGUGAAAAUAUCAAAUUAUACAAGUUGACAACCGAACCUGGAGAGAAUACGACAGUGUUUACUGUGUUUGGCUCCGUACCCAAAGACAAUCAGUGGAUCAUUUUUAAACUGGAACUGAAUAACGCGUUCAAGUAUAAUUGCUCCAAGGAGGACUAUACCACCUGGCCAUCUAGCAAUCAAAACAACAUCUCAUGCGUUCUGGGACAACAGUUAACCCACCAACGUCGAAAUCGCCAUGCUAAUUGCUACAGUGGCGAAAAUUUUGACACUUCCACUUCAAUAGUGCCUUGUAGUUGCGAUUUCCGCGACUACUUAUGUGAUUUUGGCUUUAUUCGUUCCGACGUGGGACAUUGUGUCCGAAAUCCAUCCAUCGUAGACGACCCAUACAAGGUGCCUCUCACUUGUAAGCCCGACGAAGUUUACAAUCGUACCAAAGGUUACAGGAAAAUUCCGGGCGAUGUGUGUAUCGAUGGUGUCGAAGACCAGUACUUACCAGAAGAAGUCCCUUGCCCUUCCAGUGACCUGCAACCUUUCUUGCUCGUCAGUCUAAAGAGAAAUAUUAGCAAAUACAAUUUAAUUACGAAAAAACUGGACUCGUUGCCACUGAAGAAACUCGAAAACGUAAUAACCUUCGAUUUUGACAUCAAAUCUAAUUGUGUUUAUUGGGCCGACAACGGUUUUAAAACCAUCGAACGGCAGUGUUUGAAUAGUAACGAAUCGGAAAUUUUGGUUUCCUCCGAUUUGGGAAUUAUCGAAGGGAUGGCGUUAGACUGGAUUUCGAACAACUUAUACUUUGUAGACACAAAUAGGUUAAAAAUUGAACUAAUCAGCACGGACAUUCGUCAUAGUGGAAUAAUGAGACGUACGGUAGUAGGACCUACCGAUUUAAGGAAACCAAAAGAUAUCGCGUUACAUCCCAGAGCUGGAUACAUGUUCUGGACGGACAGGUCCGCCGAAAAUCCUGCAGUCAAUCGUGCUGACUUGGAUGGUACAAAUAUAAAGAAACUUUUCGGGUACCCACAUCUCUCACGGCCUAAUGGUAUCACUGUUGACUAUAUCGCAGAGAGAAUCUACUGGGUCGACACCGAUGAGCACUCUAUAGCCAGUAGCGACCUCCACGGUCACCACUUCAAAUAUAUAAUCCGCUACGGUAAAUCCGUCACUAUUCCAGUCGCCAUAGCCGUGUUCAAAAACAAAGUAUAUUGGACCGAAUGGAGAAACAAUGCCAUCUUUAGCUCAAAUAAAGACGGUCCAGACGGUAGAGAGGUCCUCGAGAGUGAACGUUUUCUGUUUGACUUGAAGCUGUACGCCCAUGGUAUUCGGACUGGGUCAAAUUCAUGCACGAACUCAUCUUGCUCCCACAUUUGCGUCGGAAAACCAGGGAAGGGAAAAGCUUGUCUUUGUCCCGACGAUAUGGAACUUAAAAACUCAACGUGUCACGUCAAUCCCGCGAAACCUCUUCCGAAUAUAACGAACCCUGUUAGAUGUGGCAGCGAAUUCGUGACGUGUGAUACUCAAAUGUGUAGUUCUGAUUUCUUUAGAUGUGGUAGCGGCGAAUGUAUACCCCCACGGUGGCAUUGUGACCACAACGACGACUGUUUAGACGGGUCAGAUGAAAAAGAUUGCCCGACACAAAACUGUACAAAGCAGCAGUUCGGCUGUGAUAAUGGCAGGUGUAUUCCAUCGUAUAAGAGGUGUGAUGGCUCAUACGACUGCAGCGACAAGUCAGAUGAGCAGGAUUGUGCACCUUGUGAAGAGGACGACUUUGACUGCAAAUUAGGCUUUAAUAAAUGUAUUCUGCGAACGCAGCAAUGCGACGGUACGAAGGAUUGUAUAAAUGGGUUAGAUGAAAUGAACUGUGAAAAUAAAACGUGUUCGAAUGAAGAGUUUUCGUGUGGUGGACGUUACAACGUGUGUAUUUUACACAAACAGGUGUGUGAUGGUAUUAGGGACUGUUUUGAUGGUAAAGAUGAGAUGAAUUGCUCUACCAGACCGACACAGAACGAACCUUGCCAAUUGAAGUGGAUGUUCAAGUGCCCCAAUCAAAAAUGUAUCGCCGCGUGGUGGGCUUGCGAUGGUGUGGACGACUGCGGCGAUGGUAGCGAUGAAGUGGGCUGUUAUAGUACAACUAUCCCGAUAAAACCUCCCGUAUCUUUUGAAACAAGUAAGACAGAACUGAACUGUACAGAGCAGCAGUUCGGCUGCGACAAUGACAAAUGUAUUCCGGCGAAGUAUAAGUGUGAUGGAGACAUUGACUGCAACGAUACAACGGAUGAGUUGUAUUGUGACCGUGGUAAUGCAUCUUGUAAAGAUACCGAAUUUGGGUGCAUAUUAGGCUCCCGGAUUUGCAUACCACUGCAGUGGCAAUGUGACGGUCAGAACGAUUGUGUAGAUGGUUCAGAUGAAAUGAACUGCACCAUGACCACAACUCUCAAUUACGAAAAUGUUACUCAAAGUUCUAUUUUCGAGAACCCAAAGCCAGUACGAUCAACUUCACCGUCACCAACUCAAAUGGUUGAGCCAGCGAAUGCUACAGAUUUAAGAUAGAAUCUAUAUUUGAACAUCUGAAUUACGUAAAGCUAGAGGAUUUUUAUAUAAGAAUAAAUUUUAUAUUUUUGA